AUGGCUACACCGAUAUGUUUACCACGAGAACGCUUGAAGAUUUCUAGGUUACUAAAAGCAGCAGGAGCUGGAUUGUCGGGACCGGACUACUCAGAUCCUGAUCAGCAGCCGCAAGGAUAUCAAGUAGUCGAAGCACUUCUUAUGUUGAGAAAGAGAGAGAAACGCCUCGUAAUAAAGACACCUCUAGGAAUGGGGAUUUGUUUUGGUGACAGUGGAGGUCCACUAUUCCAGUACAACAAAGCCAAAAAGUUUACUCAGAUAGGAAUAGCGUCUACAGGAAACUCCUGUGAUUAU